AAUCCGCUCGCAAUGUGUUAUUGGCCCGUGUCACUGUAUCAAUCACGCAUCACAAUACAACAGAGAUGCUUACCUCUCUGCGAUUUCAACCUUCAAAACCACCCAUUGCUCUGAGCUUCAACAAUCCUUUCGCUGCCACCAACACACACUCCCAACGUAAUCUCUCUUUUACAAAACGCCUUCCCCUUCCCCAACCCCUCUGUUCACCUCAACAAUCGCAUUACAUCUCCACCAUUGGAUCUUCAUCGCUUCAACUCUCUCAAUGGAACCUCACCCAACGCCACUUCACUCUUCUCCAAGCAUUAGCCGUCGUGACAGCAAUAUCUACGACGUGGUUGUUUUGUUCUGCAAUUCCCACGCUUCUGGCUUUCAAGAGAGCAGCAGAAUCACUUGAGAAGCUUAUGGAUACAACAAGAGAGGAACUUCCUGAUACAAUGGCUGCUAUUCGAUUAUCCGGCAUGGAAAUCAGUGACUUAACCACCGAACUCAGUGAUAUUGGGCAAGAGAUUACCCAAGGUGUUAAAGGCUCUACUCGCGCGGUUCAUUUAGCGGAACAGAGGCUUCGUCGCUUAACCAAUAUGCCUCCUCCUCCUCCUUCUUCAGCUUCCUUGCAGGGAACGGAAUCCAGCCACCAAAGUGAACCUCAUUCGGGUCCAAUUGCGGUCGCAAGAACUGCAAGGGGCGUUAGAGAGGGUAUUGUCAAGGGUCGUGCUAUGUUGAAGAUGUUUUUCUCCCUUGCUCAAUUUUCAGGUUUUGCUCUCAACUUUAUCACUGGACGUGGAAAAAGGUAGACACAUGAGAAAAUUGCUAUUUUUUCAUUGUAUUUGUAAGCAGCAUCAACGUUCUCUAAUCCAUUGAUAUAUAUGAUGAUGAUCUUCUGUUUUUCAUGGAUGUUUUGGUUGCAAUAGAUAUAUAACCUUUAGGUGAUGCUAUAGGGUCUAGUGUAAUCAAUAAUGUGUUUAAACCUUGAAGGAACAACAGAUUCAGUGCAUUUUGAACUCUACAUAACCUUAAUACUUGCAUUUGUUGUUCCCAACUCUUGUACUCUAAACAACUUGUUUGUAAAAUAUAAGAUGGAAAAUUUUAGUUAUGCAAUUAUGAUUAAAAUA